GCCUCCGCAUCCACCUGCUAGCGCCCUGCCUCUCCCCCACAGUCACACAGGAGCUUCCAACUUUCCAGCGCGCCACGCACAGCGCGCUGUCGGACCUUAUCUCUCACCGCGGGGACUUUUUCUUUUACCUUUUCUGCUCGCUUUUUUCUUUUGCACUACUCCCACGAGAUGUUGGCUGCGCUCGUGCGAGGAGAGCAUGUAUUCGCCUCGCGCUCUCGGACAAUGAUGAAUUAGAGAAACAUUUUAUGUUCUCUCUCCCUGACUGCUCACUGACAACUCCGGGGCCAACACGCGCGCGCUCUGCGCAGGUAUACAGACGGCCCCGCCACCGCACCCCUGAAUGCAACACGGGCCGCUGAAGAGCCGCGCAGGGAUUUUCUAUUAUUAUUGAUUUCAGCUUAGAGAAAGAGAGAGAGAGAGAGAGUGAUCGAUCUGUUGGGAUUGGCUUUUUCAGUGGCUUGCAGGGUUGGAUCUGAACUUGUAUUACGGAAAGCUGUGAGAUUUAAAGAGAGAGCGUGCCGUUGGAGGUUUGUCCACCAUGAGGCUGGAUGAUAUGUGGACGGUGCUCGUCCUCCUGGUGCUGUCCAGCUUCACUUCGGGGAAUCAAAUCAGCAGCAACGAAGUAGUUGCCGCACCCAGAGUCUUUAUCUCCUUCAAAGAGCUGAGGUCCACUGGUACAGCUCAUCACUUCGCCUACCUGCUGAAUGCAUCCGACUACCGGAUCCUCCGUAUGGAUGAGGACCACGACCGCAUGUAUGUUGGCAGCAAGGACCACAUCCUGUCCCUAGACCUCCAUGACAUCAACAAGAGUCCGCAUAUUAUCCAUUGGCCAGUGUCCGAACGAAGGCGGACAGAAUGCCUCGUGAGCGGGAAGGAUGCCAGCGAGGAGUGUGCAAACUUCAUCCGUCUGAUUGAGCCAUGGAACCGGACUCACCUGUACAUCUGCGGGACAGGAGCCUACAAUCCAGUCUGCACCUUCGUCAACCGUGGGCGUAAACCUCAGACGUCCAUGUAUCUGCAGAUGGCCCUGGCCAGGGGAAGGGCCAGCCGCGCGGCCGAACCCAGCGCAGUACACGACACACUUGGACUGAAGGAAGAAAUUUUCCACUUGGAGCCGGGAAAAGUGGAAUCUGGGAAGGGGAAGUGCUCCUACGACCCGAAGCUCAACAGCGUGUCAGCUUUGAUUAAUGGAGAGCUGUACGCCGGCGUCUACGUCGACUUCAUGGGAACGGACUCGGCCAUUUUCCGUACUUUGGGGACUAAAACUGCAAUGCGAACAGACCAGUACAACUCCAGAUGGUUGAAUGAUCCCACGUUCGUUCACGUGCACCUCAUCCCGGACAGCGCGGAGAGGAACGACGACAAGCUGUAUUUCUUCUUCAGGGAGAAAUCCUCCGACAUGGGUCAGAGUCCCGUGACCCAGUCCCGCAUUGGACGCAUCUGCUUGAACGACGAUGGAGGUCACUGCUGUCUGGUCAACAAGUGGAGCACCUUCCUGAAGGCCAGGCUCAUCUGCUCAGUGCCCGGGACCGACGGCAUGGAAACACACUUUGACGAGCUCCGAGAUGUUUACAUCCAGCCAACUCAGGACACAAAGAACCCCGUCAUCUACGGCGUCUUCACCGUCUCUGGGUCCGUGUUCAAAGGCUCGGCCGUUUGCGUUUACUCCAUGGCCGACAUCCGCAUGGUCUUCAACGGACCCUUCGCCCACAAAGAGGGUCCCAAUUACCAGUGGGUGGCGUAUACGGGGAAGAUUCCCUACCCUCGCCCCGGCACUUGCCCUGGAGGAACAUUUACGCCCAGCAUGAAGUCCACAAAGGACUACCCAGAUGAAGUGAUCAACUUCAUGAGGAAUCACCCUGCCAUGCACAACGCAGUCUACCCAGUGCACAAGCGCCCCCUGGUGGUCCGAACCAACGUGGACUAUGAGUUCACCACCAUCUCAGUGGACCAGGUGACGGCUGCAGACGGCAACUAUGAAGUGCUCUUCUUAGGAACUGACAAGGGAACAGUUCAGAAAGUCAUCGUCCUGCCCAGGGACGACCUGCAGACCGAGGAGCUGGUUCUGGAGGAGGUUGAAGUUUUUAAGGUUCCCACUCCUAUAACGACGAUGAAGAUCUCAUCCAAAAGGCAACAGCUGUACGUGUCCUCUACGGUCGGCCUGACCCAGCUGGCCCUCCACCGGUGCGACGUUUACGGCGAGGCGUGUGCCGACUGCUGCCUGGCCAGAGAUCCGUACUGCGCCUGGGACGGCAAGUCCUGCUCCCGGUACUCGGCCUCACAGAAGAGGCAAUACUGGUCUGACCCAUUUAGACGUAGCCGGAGGCAGGACGUCCGGUACGGGAACCCCAUCCGACAGUGCAGAGGCUUCAACUCCAACGCCAAUAAGAACACGCUGGAAAUGGUGCAGUAUGGGGUGGAGGGCAGCAGCACCUUCCUGGAGUGCCAGGCCCGAUCUCCGCAUGCCGUCAUUAAAUGGCACCUGCAGAGAGACAACAGUGACCGCAGGAAAGAGAUGCGCUCCGACGGGCGGAUUCUGAAGACCGAGCAGGGCCUGCUGCUGCGCUCUCUGCAGCCGUCGGACUCCGGCAUGUACCAGUGCACCGCCACCGAGAAGAACUUCAAGCACACGCUGGUGAAGCUGCAGCUGGUCGUGCUGUCGGGCCGCGCCGUCAACAACGCGCUGGUGGACAGCGGUGGCGGCGGGGGGCUGGUGCCGUCGUCCCUUCACUCGGCCGGCGCCCAGUGGACCCCCAGCGCGGGCCAGUACAAGGACCUGCUGACCAUUCUGAGCCAGCCCGAGAUGAGCCUGAUCAACCAGUACUGCCAGGACUACUGGCAGUUCGGAGACCCGCUGCUGGGAGCGCUCAAGGCGAAAGACCUGAAGGAGCUCAAGGAGCAGAAGAAACCCCGCAACCGUCGGCAUCACAGGGAGCAACAUGAGGAGGAGGAGGAGGAAGAGCAGCAGGGAGUAGAGACAUGAGGAAGCUGACUGUGUGUUUGAAACACAACC